CUUUAAUCCUCCUCCUCUGGGCGCCAGCGUAUAAAAGGGCAGGGCGCGCUCCAAGCCACACACACUCUCUGAGUGAAGCAGAUCACACACACACACAGUCAUUAUGUCCAGUGACAAGUCCAAAGCUGCUUCCCAGACCGACGGGAAAGCUGCCCAGAGCAAGAAGUCUGAGAUGGGCAUGAUGUCCUACAAGAUGUACGUGUUUGACCAGGAGAACUUCCAGGGCCGCAUGGUGGAGAUCAGCCAGGAAUGCAUGAACGUGUGUGAGAUGGGUAUGGACCGCGUCCGCUCCCUCCGCGUGGAGUGUGGCCCCUUCGUGGGCUUCGAGCAGAUGAACUUCUGUGGGGAGCACUACAUCCUAGAGAAGGGCGAGUACCCCCGCUGGGACUCCUGGAGCAACUGCCAGAGAAACGACUACCUGCUCUCCUUCAGGCCCGUGCGCAUGGACCCCGAGAAGCACAAGAUCUGCCUGUACGAGGUCGGCGAGUUCAAGGGCCGCAAGAUGGAGAUUAUGGAUGACGACGUCCCCUCCCUGUUCUCUUACGGCUUCACUGACCGGGUCGGCAGCAUCAUGGUCAGCUGCGGAACCUGGGUGGGCUACCAGUUCCCGGGAUACCGCGGCUCCCAGUAUCUGCUGGAGAAGGGCGACUACAAGCACUUCAACGAGUACGGCGCCCGCUGCCCCCAGUUCCAGUCGGUGAGGCGCAUCCGCGACAUGCAGUGGCACCAGCAGGGAUGCUACACCAUGGCCAGCAAGUGAGGCUCAGGGAAGGAGAGAAAGAGAAAGAGCGGAAGAGAGGGAGAGGGGCGGAGGAAGAGGGAGAGAGAUGUCUGAAGCGUUGCCGGACCCCCUGGCUGAACCUUGCCACCUGAAACGGCUGGGGUGAGGGGCUAGGUUAAACAUUCUGUCCUCGGUGGAACCUCACUUUAAGGACCACCUGGUUAGAGAGACCCUCAACAAUCAGACAACCACAUGUCUCUAUCUCUACUCUUCUCUUUCUCUCCUAUUGUCCAACUUUGGACCCCCCCCCCCUUCUAUUUCGUCCCUUACCCCCCGCCCCAUUAGUCCAUUGCAGCACAAAAGAGGGAAGGAGAAAUAUCUUGCUGUUUUACACAUGAUUCUUGGCUCAGGGUCAGACGCACCAUGGUAAAAAAUAAAAAAUAAAUGUUUCUCUAUCCUUUCCCCCGACUUCCUCACCCUGUGUAUCGCACAACCUCUCGGCUGUACAGAAUCCUGGCCAACUUUUCAAUAAAAAGGAAAAUCUUGAUUUCAAAA